AGGUCCUUUUUCUCUCAAAUAUCACUUCUAAGUUUCAGUUUUCUUUUUAAUUCUUUUAUAUAUAUCAAUUAUAAAUAGGCAUAGCCUAAGCUUGGGCCUGGGCGUUCCGCGAGAGAUUGAGAUAAGAUUAAACGCGGGUGCUGGUGCUGGUGCUGGUGCUGCUGCUCCUGCUCCCCUCUCCUCUCCUCUCAGGCUCAGGCUCACCGCUUCCCCCUUCCUCUUCCGCUUCUGCCGGUUUUUUUACAGUUACUUUCUUCGCUGUCCAAAUUUAAUUAUUUUGCCUAACCCUAACCCCCUCGCCUUUCCCUUCCCAAUUCCAAUUCACUUUUCAUCUCUCUCUUUCUCUUUCUGGGGAAAGAAAAGUCUUUUCUCCUUCGUUGUGGUGAAAGAAAAGUCUCCUCUCUUUCAUAUCACGAAUCGCGAUCACCCCACUUGUCGUUUACGCCCAUUAUUUGAUUCCAAGCAGGAAACCAUUUUUUUAAUAUUUCUUCUACAGCAUUUGCAUUUCACGCUCCCGCUGGUUUUGUUAUAUAAGUAGAUCGUACACUGGAGGGCCAGGAAUCAAGAAUGAGGAAGGAGAGAAGAAGAGAUAAGAAGAUGAAAGGAAGGAUUUCAAUGAUUGGGAGCUACGCCAUUGCUUCCUCCAUUAAAGACCAGCAUCAUCAACGCCCUUGCAUCACCUGCACUACCUUUAAUAUACUCGCUCCCAUCUACAAGCGUCUCAACCAACAGGAUCCCAGUUGCCGUGAGAGCGAUUACAGGACAUACUGGCUAGCCAGAAAUCAGAGGAUACUCGAUUGGCUCUUGUAUGAGAAAUCUUCCAUUAUCUGCCUUCAGGAAUUCUGGGUUGGAAACGAAGAACUUGUAAAUAUAUACGAAAACCGACUAGCCAAUGCCGGUUACCUCAGUUUCAAGCUUGCUCGGACCAAUAACCGUGGUGAUGGUUUGUUGACUGCGGUGAAUAAGGAUUAUUUUAAAGUGGUAAACUACCGAGAGCUGCUAUUUAACGAUUUUGGAGAUCGCGUUGCUCAGCUAUUGCAUGUUGAAUUAGCAGUUCCAUUCUCACAGUGCCGGAACAAUGAUAUCCGUCAGGAAAUUCUCAUUGUCAACACUCACUUGUUAUUUCCUCACGAUUCUAGUCUCUGUCUUGUCCGGUUGAAUCAAGUAUACAAAAUCCUACAAUAUGUUGAAUCUUAUCAGAAAGAAAACAAACUCAAUCCCAUGCCCAUCAUACUUUGCGGUGACUGGAACGGAAGCAAACGUGGGCAUGUGUACAAGUUUCUAAGGUCGCAGGGGUUUGUAUCCUCCUAUGACACAGCUCAUCAGUACACUGAUGCAGAUGCACGCAAGUGGGUGAGUCACCGGAAUCAUCGGGGAAACAUAUGUGGGGUUGACUUCAUUUGGCUUUUAAAUCCUAAUGGAUACAGAAAAUUGCUAAAAACUAGCUGGAGUGAAGCUGUUUUUGGCAUGUUCAAGUACCUACUUCGAAGAGCUUCACUUACAGAAGAUGAUGCAUUUGCCUUUCUGCAGGCGGACAAUGAUGGUGACUAUAUAACCUACUCAGGUUUCUGUGAGGCACUUCGACAGCUCAAUUUAACUGGGCAUCCCCAUGGGCUUAGCGUUGGAGAGAUAGAGGACUUGUGGGUACAAGCAGAUAUUGAUGGAAACGGCAUUCUCGAUUAUAAUGAAUUUCAGCAGAGAAUUUGGAAUUCUACGGGGAACGAGGAGAGGGAUGGAAGAAGCAACGAGGUGGGGAGUGGUGGGGAGUCAAAGGAAAAUCAGGAGCAAACGAUUGGUUUCAGUGUUGAAAAUGCGGUGCUGUUUCCUGCAGAAGUGGAGAAAGGAAGGUGGCCCGAGGACUACUCGCUUUCAGAUCAUGCACGACUCACUGUGGUGUUCGCACCCAUAAGAAUGCCCUGUUCACAGUUGAUAUCCUGACGCGGGCCUCGCCAUUUUUCCUUUGCCACCCUCAACAGCUUUGCGUUGUUGAAUCUCGCACCAGCACCAGCAGAUGAAAACUUGGCGUCACCAUUUUUGGGGAUGGGGAGCAUCCGCAUCCACAUCUACACACUACACUACAGUUGAAUAAGUAAGAAAAGGAUAGGAAAGAGCUGAUUAAGUGUACAGACAGUUACAGUUACAGUUACAGUUACAGUUGCAGUUAUAUGGGUUUUAGAAAUCGUGGCUUUUGUAAUUUUAGUGCCGUAUACAUAUAGGAGGCAGGAGCAACAUUUGUACAGUAAAUGAAUUCAUGGAAGUCCCGGAUGGAGGAGCAGAGCAUAGCAUACCAGUACCAUUACCAUUAUAUGGUUAUUACUGUAGAAAUAUAUGCAAAUGCAAAUGGAUGCUUAAAGGUGAUGUUUUUAAAGAGACAAACAGUUGGCAUUCCAAUCCCUUCCUUAAUGAACAAGGAAAUCAAAUAUCGUUUCCCCAGUCCCAGUACCAGUCCCAGAUUAAGCAUAAAGGUGCUCCGCCAGCACCGCUCUGUCUUUUACAUUCAAAUACAUUUGAUUUUCCUUGGGAA